AUGGGGACGAAAAUAAAGAAGAAUGAAGACGAGAAUGAUGACGAGAAUGAAGACGAAAAUGACAACAAGAAUGACGACGAGAAGGGCGACGAGAAUGGGAACCAGAACAGGAACAAGAAUAAAAAUGAGAAUGUAAACGAAAAUGGGAUCAAGAAAGAGGACGAGAAUGAGGAAGAUGAUGAGGACCAGCAUAGGGAAGACAAUGGGAACGAGAAUCGGAACGAGAAUGGGAUUCAGAAAGAGAACAAAAGCAAGGAAGAGAAUGGAAACGAGUACAAGAACGAGAAUGAGGAAAAGAAAGGGGACGAGAAUGAGAAUAAGGACGAGAAUGAAGACGAGAAUGAGGUCGAAAGUGAGGACGAAGAGUGA